AUGGUCGCCAGCUGCUUCCUGCAGAACGCCGUCAACGUAGUGUCCCUCAUAUUCGUCGGCCACCUCGGCGAGCUUCAUCUCGCUGGCGCCUCCCUCGCCAUCUCCACCGGCAUGGCGUUUGCGCUGGACACGCUCUGCGGCCAGGCGUUCGGCGCGCGGCAGUACCACCUCCUGGGCGUCUACAAGCAGCGCGCGAUGCUGGUGAUCGGGCUGGCCUGCGUCCCCUUCGGCUUCGUCUGGGCGAACGCCGGCCGGAUCCUCGUGUUCCUCCGCCAGGACCCCGCCACGCAGAGCCUCGUCCUGCCCGUCAUGGCGAGCUCGGGCGCCACGACGCUCUGCCACCUCGCCGUGUGCUGGGCGCUGGUGCACAAGGCCGGCAUGGGGAGCAAGGGCGCCGCGCUGAGCAACGCCGUCUCGUAUGGCCUCAACCUGGUGAUCCUGGCCCUGUACGUCAGGCUAUCGGGCGCCUGCGAGAGGACAUGGAACGGCUUCUCCGUGGAGGGGUUUAAGGAGCUGCGUCAGUUCGCCAAUCUUGCCGUGUCAUCUGCGUUUAUGAUAUGCGUGGAGUUUUGGGCUUUUGAAAUCAUUGUCCUGCUGUCUGGUCUUUUGACGAAUCCUCAGCUAGAGACUUCAGUGCUUGUCCAAGUUCGUUGA